CUUCGACACAGACACACAAAUGUACUGAAGUCCAACAAAAAUUGCAAACACGGCAAAUGCCGAUAAACAAACGAAAUCAGAUUGAUCUCUUAUUCAUUGAUUGAGUUGGCCGAUGUUUACGGUUAUCUUCCAAGAUAUUCAGCGUAUAAUGUAAGCAUAAACAGCACCAUAUCAUAUUAGACUCCAUAUUGUGACUCAGACCAGCCAGUCACCAUGGCCGAAGAACUUGCCCCAAAGUAUCUGAGCUCGUCGAAUCUGCAAACUGAGAUCCAACCCAUCUCGACGCGCAUCGACGAGAUGCUGCUUCGGCUGGAGGAGUUCGAAAACCUGCUGGCAAUCGUACGAGAAGAGUCCGCCGUGGCAUCACAGCAAAACAUUCCCCGGAUAGCGGCCUUCCGGCCCGAAUUUGACAGCCUGUGCGAACGGCUGGACCAGCUGGAGAAGUUUGUCGCGAUGGUGUCCAAAAACUUGGACGUGGUCGAACGGCAGGUGCAGAUCGCCGAGGAGGAGCUGGACAUUCCGGACAAGACGAUCAACGUGCUGCUCAAGUCGCUGAACAUCUUCGGCAAGCCAAAGCCGGUGGAGCGGCAAACGAACCGGAACGGCCAGGGGAUGUACGAGGCGCCGACGAUCUUCAAGACGGAGGAUUACUUUGGUGGAGCAGGAGGGAAGGCGAAGGUGAUUGCGAGUGGGAGUUCUGGAGUGGUGACGGCUAGCGAUGAGGGAAGCAGUAGCAGGACGACACCAUUGGAAGAGGCUGAAGCUGCCGAUGGAGAUGAGGAUGCCAAAAAGUGAUGCUGUGUUUGCUGUUAGGAUGUGUUGAGCUGGACAAUAAAGAAGGAUUUAUUUACACGAGCUGGAUUCGCUGGAAUGGUGA